CCACCCUUUCAUCAAAACUCGAUUGAAAAUCUGACAGCCCUUCCAUUGAUAGAUCCUAUCUACGCUGUACCGGAGAGCCGAGUCGUCACCGCUAUUCAUUAUGGGCGCAUAUUUCGAAGAAAUCCCAAGACAAAGCCUCAUCGAUUGGAUGUUGGCACAGAAGGUUUUCUGGAUAGCUACAGCACCACUAUCGGGAAAAGGACAUGUUAAUCUUUCACCAAAAGGGGGCCAGUAUUUUGGUGUCCCCGACACUAAAACUUUUUGGUUUUUGGAUUUGACAGGAAGUGGAAACGAGACCAUAUCACAUCUUCUGGAGCCGGGUAACGGCCGUGUAACUAUACUAUUCAAUGCCUUCGAAGGGCCGCCCCGUAUCGUGAGGCUUUGGGGAAAAGGCCGCGUACUUGAAAAUGGAACACCAGAGUUUGACAGCAUUGUGCAAAGGGAGAACAUCGAGGUCCUCCCAGGCACGCGGUCAGUCAUUGUGGUAGACAUCCACCAAGUCGGCACCUCAUGCGGUUACUCGGUGCCAAUAUUCGACUUCAAGGAAUUCCGGACUACCCUCAACGACUUCUUCAAGCGCAAGGAAGACAAGUUCCUCGAAGGCAACGAGAAAGAGAGUAUGGACCACUACUGGGCCCUCAAAAACGCUUGGAGUAUGGACGGACUCCCAGGUAUGCCGCGGGGUCUGAAAGCCGCGCGUUCCUACGCUAUUGAACCUGUCAAAAAGAUGGUUGGACCCCUAGCUCCUAAGAACGGCGUAAACCUAGGUGCGCGCAGCGGAUUCCUACUUGAACAUUUUAUCAUCAUAGUACUGGCUCUCUUACUCGCUAUUGCGUUGGCUACACAUCCUGCUUUCCAGCAUCAUGCCCAGACACGGAUACGGGACGUGAUACUACAGGUCAAGGCCGUGCCAGGCGCGCUUCCGAGUUCUGUUAGAUUUAUGGAGUAAUGAUCGACGCGGGAACGAGUCCAUAUUGCACCACCAUUUUCUUAAGGGUGCAGAGCCACUUUAUAAGAGUCUAUUUUGGAAGUAUUGGGUAUGCAUUCGUUUAGUUACUCUUUUAUACUGGGCACUUAAAUCGACCUGGAUAGUGGAUACGUUCCUUUUU